GCAGCAGCAGGAGAAGAUGCUGAAAAUGCGGACUAUGGGCUUGGUGCGCGGUUGGUGCUGCUGGUGCCUCUGCUGUUUCCUCCUGCCGGUCUCCGUCACCCUGGCCGCCGCCAAGCAGCUCCUGAGGUACCGGUUGGCUGAGGAAGGACCCGCGGAUGUCCGCAUCGGGAACGUGGCUUCAGACCUGGGCAUCGUGACGGGUUCCGGAGAGGUGACUUUCAGUCUGGAGUCGGGCUCCGAGUACCUUAAGAUCGACAACAUCACCGGGGAGCUGAGCACCAGCGAGCGCCGCAUCGACCGCGAAAAGCUGCCCCAGUGCCAGAUGAUCUUCGACGAGAACGAGUGCUUCCUGGACUUCGAGGUCUCGGUGAUCGGCCCCUCUCAGAGCUGGGUGGACCUUUUUGAGGGCCGGGUCAUCGUGCUGGACAUUAACGACAACACCCCUACCUUCCCCUCUCCCGUUCUCACUCUCACGGUGGAGGAGAAUCGGCCGGUGGGAACACUCUACCUUCUCCCCACAGCUACCGACCGCGACUUCGGCCGGAAUGGGAUCGAGCGCUAUGAGCUGCUCCAGGAGCCUGGGGGCGGCGGGGGUGGCGGCGGUGGCGGCGGCGGCGGUGGAGGAGAAAGCCGUCGCGGAGGGGCGAUCGAGAGCGCCCCCUACCCCGGGGGUGGUGGCGGGGGCAGCGGCGGCCAGGGCAGCUCCAAGCGGCGUCUGGAGGCGUCCGAGGGCGGCGGGGGCAGCGCCUCAGGCAACGGGGGCCGCAGCACCGUGUUCGAGUUGCAGGUGGCUGAUACUCCGGAUGGUGAGAAACAGCCGCAGCUGAUCGUCAAGGGGGCGCUGGACAGGGAGCAGCGGGACUCGUACGAACUGACCCUGAGGGUGCGGGACGGAGGCGACCCUCCACGCUCCUCUCAAGCCAUCCUGCGGGUGCUGAUCACCGACGUGAAUGACAACAGUCCCCGCUUCGAGAAGAGCGUGUACGAGGCUGAUCUGGCUGAGAACAGCACCCCCGGCACCCCGAUACUGCAGCUCCGCGCCGCCGACCUGGACGUGGGAGUGAAUGGUCAGAUAGAGUAUGUCUUCGGGGCCGCCACGGAGAACGUCAGGCGGUUGCUCAGGCUGGACGAGACUACGGGCUGGCUUAGUGUCCUGCACCGCAUCGACCGCGAGGAGGUGAACCAGCUACGCUUCACGGUCAUGGCCCGGGAUCGGGGGCAGCCCCCGAAGACAGACAAGGCUAUGGUGGUACUCAAUAUCAAAGACGAGAAUGACAACGUGCCGUCCAUCGAGAUCCGCAAAAUCGGGCGCAUCCCGCUUAAGGAUGGGGUGGCGAACGUGGCCGAAGACGUUUUGGUAGACACCCCCAUAGCCCUGGUGCAGGUGUCAGAUAGAGACCAAGGGGAGAACGGGGUGGUCACCUGCACUGUAGUGGGGGAUGUGCCCUUCCAGCUUAAGCCGGCCAGCGACACGGAGGGUGACCAAAACAAGAAAAAGUACUUCCUACAUACUUCAGCCCCCCUGGACUACGAGAGCACCCGGGAAUACAAUGUUGUUAUAGUGGCGGUGGACUCUGGGAGCCCAAGUCUUUCCAGUAACAAUUCUCUAGUGGUGAAGGUCGGAGACACCAAUGACAACCCCCCAGUAUUUGACCAGUCGGUGGUGGAGGUCUAUUUCCCUGAGAACAACAUUCCUGGGGAGAGGGUGGCCACAGUAGUAGCCACAGACGCCGAUAGUGGUAAGAAUGCGGAGAUCGCAUACUCCCUGGACAGCUCGGUAGUGGGGAUCUUUGCGAUUGAUCCAGACUCUGGGGAUAUCCUAGUCAAUACUGUGCUGGACCGGGAGCAGAAUGAUAGGUACGAGUUUAAAGUAACUGCCAAAGACAAAGGCAUUCCAGUCCUCCAGGGCAGCACCACUGUGAUAGUGCAGGUGGCUGAUAAAAACGACAAUGAUCCUAAGUUUAUGCAGGAUGUUUUUACCUUUUAUGUGAAAGAAAAUUUGCAGCCCAAUAGCCCAGUAGGGAUGGUCACUGUAAUGGAUGCUGACAAAGGGCGAAAUGCAGAAAUGAGCUUGUACAUAGAAGAGGACAGUAACAUCUUUUCCAUUGAAAAUGACACAGGAACAAUUUACUCUACUACAGCUUUUGAUCGGGAGCAUCAGACUACAUACACCUUCAAAGUGAAGGCAGUAGAUGGAGGAGAUCCUCCAAGGUCGGCCACAGCUACUGUAUCUCUUUUUGUGAUGGAUGAAAAUGACAAUGCUCCCACUGUUACCUUUCCAAACAACAUCUCCUACACUUUACUGCCACCUUCAAGCAAUGUAAGAACAGUGGUGGCCACAGUGCUGGCAACUGACAGUGACACUGGUGUAAAUGCAGAUCUUAACUAUAGUAUUGUGGGAGGAAAUCCCUUCAAGUUGUUUGAAAUUGAUGCCACUAGUGGGGUUGUGUCCUUAGUGGGGAAGCUGGCCCAGAAACAUUAUGGCUUGCACCGGUUAGUGGUACAAGUCAAUGACAGUGGACAGCCUUCACAAUCCACCACAACUUUGGUACACGUCUUUGUCAAUGAAAGUGUUUCAAAUGCUACCGUAGUUGACUCCCAAAUAACCCGAAGUUUGCACACUCCAUUAACUCAAGAUAUUGCUGGUGACCCUAGUUAUGAAAUUAGCAAACAGAGACUGAGUAUUGUAAUAGGGGUUGUUGCUGGGAUCAUGACAGUCAUCCUGAUUAUCUUGAUUGUAGUAAUGGCAAGGUACUGCAGGUCCAAAAAUAAAAAUGGAUAUGAGGCAGGUAAAAAAGAUCAUGAGGAUUUUUUUACACCCCAGCAGCAUGACAAAUCUAAAAAGCCUAAAAAGGACAAGAAAAAUAAAAAAUCAAAGCAACCUCUGUACAGCAGCAUUGUAACAGUAGAGGCUUCUAAACCAAAUGGACAAAGAUAUGAUAGUGUCAAUGAAAAGCUCUCAGAUAGCCCUAGCAUGGGACGAUACCGGUCAGUUAAUGGAGGUCCAGGAAGUCCUGACCUUGCAAGGCAUUACAAAUCCAGUUCUCCACUGCCUACUGUCCAACUUCAUCCCCAGUCACCAACUGCUGGAAAAAAACACCAGGCCGUACAAGAUCUACCGCCAGCUAACACUUUUGUGGGAGCAGGAGACAACAUUUCAAUCGGAUCAGAUCAUUGUUCUGAGUACAGCUGUCAAACCAAUAACAAGUACAGCAAACAGGUGGAUUCAGUGCAGACUACGCAACCCUCUGGCCACAUUGAGGAAUCGUGUAAUAUGAAUGUAUGUGCUCGUAAGUGAAAUAUUUAUGAAGUUCCAACUCUAAUAUGUGUUGGAUCACAAUAGACAUGAACUUGACUUCUCUAUAAAGAAACCGAUUCCCAAGGGGCAGAGCCACAGUAGAUGAUUAGAAAGAAGCUGAUUUUGGAGAAAAACAAACAAAACCAAACAUACUGCAUUACCUUUUUAGAAAAAUCUACAAAAAGAAUCAGAUUAUACUUUGCAACAUAUUGAAAAGUCUCAAACUGCCAACAUUGAAAAAAGGAAAAGGAGAUGGGAUGUGAGAAAGGUUUUGCAAACUUAUCAACAAUCACAAGGAAAAAAAAAAGAACCAGACACCAUCACUCUAGGAAUAUGAACUUUUGAAAUGGGAUCUAGCUAUUCUAGCUAUUUAAAAACUUGGAGAGGAGUUUGGACAUAAGUUCAUUUGCACUGCUUCUACUAAGUGGAUGUGAUUCAAUAUAAACCACCUGAACUUGUGCUAGACCAACAAAGACCUAUAUCUAUACCUCAGCACUGAAAUCUGAGAAAAUCAGACUAUCUCAUCACUGAGAAGUCUGAGAAGUCACUAAAGGAAAUUUCACAACAAGCCAAGAAAAGUCACCACAGAAACAAUUCAGGAGUUAGAGGACGUGGUCAACUGGAAUCUUGUUGAAACAUAGUUCCCUGGGGUUACAAAGUACACUAUGGAUGUGUAUAACAGAAAUCCUAAUAUAUGUUAAUAGUCAUAUAACCCUAAGUUAAAUAGAACAUCGACUCCAUAAAUUUCCUAGGAAAUAUUCUUACUAUGUGGACACAUACAUAUGUACUUAUAUACAUGUAUGUUUAUGUAUGUGUAUAGAGAACAGUGAUGUGAGUGAAGCAGCAGGAAUGUAGGGUGAGGGUUGCCACUUCCCUAGGGCCUGCCUGAUAUUUGCGUUAGGGUGAGUAAAUAUGUCAUAUAUGCACAUAUAUUGUAUGUAUGCACAUACAAUAUACACAUAUGAAUAUGCAUAUAUUUCAUAUGAUAUGAUAAAUUCAUAUUAUAUGAGUAUGGUGAUAGAAACUCCAAAUGAAUAAAAUGGCCUUUUUUGUUUGUGGUUCUAUGCACUUAACAUAGGUAGAGGAAGUUGUUUAAAAUUUAUCAAGCAAAAAUUGCAUGCUAGAAAGCACCUCUUUGCAUUACAAUUCCCAGAUCAGAUAAAAAUACUGUACAGACAUAAAUCCUGGGUUUUUUGGUGUUGUAGGUGAAAGAAAAUAUACGAUUUGGACUCUCAGUAUUUGUACCUUGAUUUGUUACCUCCAGUGUAAAGAGAUGAAGUAAACUGGCCAGCUAGUCAUUUCAUUCAUUCUAUUUUUAGUGUAACCCAUAAAAGUAGAGUGUUUCUAAAAUUAGUGGCGAUUUCACAAAUUCAUUAUUUAAAGAUGAAACACUCAAGCCAUUUAAAUUAGAAGAAAACCAGAGCCUGGAAGAAACUAGUAUGAUUUGAUAAAAAAGAUUGGUCUAUAGAGAAUAAAAAAUUAGUUGAAAUGUCAAUAUGCAUUCUACAAUAUGAAUAUUGCAAUUCUCCAGGAAAUUUAUGGUAAAUGUCAAAAGCUAUGUAUCAUUGCUCUGACACCUGAUUUAGAGGGCUGGUGAAAAUGUCUGUAUUCUGAUCUAGAUUUUUUUUUAUCACCUCAACUAAAAGAAUAUUGUGUUUCUAUUUCCAACCUUUUAUUCCCCUUAAAGUAUUUCUCUUAAUGCAAUGUCAUGUGGAAUUGUUAAAAAAAUUGAUUGACUUUUCUGUAGUCAUCAUGUGCCAUAAUUAUUCAUACUGAAGCUAUAGUAUUCCAUUGCUAUUGUGCAUUAAUUUUUGGUUAUUUUGUCUAUUAUGCCCAGAGCUGAAUUUUUGCCUCCUCUCCAUGUGGUAAUCAACUUAAAUUGGAAUUCCUACCUACGGUACUACAGGGAUAUUUUUAAAUUUAUGCUAUUAAAAUAAAUUAUCAACCUACAAGGUCUGUAUGGUUCUAUUUGUAUUAUUUUUAUGUGAGUAAUAUAUGAAGAUUUUAAAUAAAAAGUUCACACCUUUA